CCGCAGGCAGUCGAGUUUGUUCACCGAGUGGUCGCCUCUCGGAAGGUCCUGCUUGACCUGUGUUCUGCUCCUGGUGGUUUUUUAUCAUCCUCAAGGAACACUUUAAAUAAAACAGAGGACGACACUGCUUUUUGGAGAUAGCAUUUGAACAGAGCCUGUUUGGCAACUUGUCAUUGUGGUGCAAACAUGACUGAGGUGGCGCAGGUUGUGGCUGUAGACAUUAAUGAUGUCACAGACGAAAAUGAACUCAACAUGAGUGAUGGAGAAGACAGGGAGGAUGACUUGACACACGAGGAGGAAGAUGAGGAAGUUUGUGAGGAAGAAGCAGUUGAAGAAAAAAGUGAGGAGACAACACAAGUGGAAGAAAGAGAGUCUUGUUACACUAAGGAUGAAGUGACGGAGGAGACCAAGGAGACUGAUAAAACACACAUAAAUGGAAUGGAUCACAAAGAAAAGGACUCAGCUGAUGAUGGAAAUACAAGUUCAAAAGGUGUCAAUGGUGUACCACAGGACAAGGUGAAGAAGGUGGAUGUGAAACCUGAUACAAAUGAAGAUCAGAAUAUUUCUGAUUUGGCGCUUAAAAAAGAGAAACUCCUUCGAUCCAGAAAGCCAGUUGCUAGAAGCUACGUACCCAAGCUGACCAAAGAAAAGGGAGAUGUGACAAACAAGUUUGAGGCCAUGCAGAAGGCCAGGGAGGAGCGCAGCAGGCAGAGGAAUAAGGAGGAGCAGCAGAAGAGAAAGGAACAAUAUGUCAAGGAGAGGGAAUGGAACCGCAGGAAGCAGCAGAUAAAAGAACUGCUUGCUUCCAGUGAUGAGGAGGAAGAGGUAAAACCAGCCAAAGUGGAAAAAUCCUACGUCCCCAAAAUCACAGGUAGUGUGAAGGGGAAGUUUGCAGAGAUGGAAAAGCAAAGGCAAGAAGAAGAGAGAAAAAGGAUGGAAGGGGAGAGGAAGAAGAGGGAGACCCAGGAUUUGUUGGAAAAAGCCAAAAUAAAGAAAGAGUUAGCACAGAAAGCAGCUGAGGAGGGAGACGACACUAUCCUGGUACGAGUGGUUCCAGCAAAGUCCUCACGACCUCCCGGCAGAAUCAAGAUAAACUUUGAAGACAUGGAGAAAAACCGAGAGGAGGAACUGAGGAGGAAGGCAGAGGAAGAGAAAAAGAAACAAUAUGAUGAAAACAAACGCUCCUUCAGGGAGGCCAAGAGACGCUCAGUUAUUGAACAGGAUGAGGAAGACAAGACAACAGAAAAGGUGCAGGUGACUCCAGGGAAGCUAAAGCUGACGUUCGAGGAGCUGGAGAAGGAAAGGCAGGAGAAGAGAAAGAAGCAGGCUGAGGAGGAAGCCAAACGUCGUCUGCUAGAGGAGAAGAAAGCAUUUGAAGAGGCCAGGAUGGGAAUGGAGGAAGAUGAGGAAGACAGUAAGGAAACUCAAGAAGACAAGGAGGAGGUUCGACCUGGAAGACUGAGGUUGAGCUUUGAAGAGCUAGAAAGGCAAAGGGUUGAAGAAGUACGCAAGAAAGCAGAAGAGGAGGCCAAGAGACGAAUGGAGGAGGAGAGAAGAGCUUUUGCUGAGGCCAGGAAGAGCAUGCUUGUAGAUGAGGAUGAUGAGGUUCUGUUGGCCUUACUCAACUUGGAGGGAAGUAAACCUGGGAAGAUAUGUGCCAGUUUUGAGGAACUGGAACGCCAGAGGAGAGAGGAGGAGCAGAAGAAGGCUGAGGAGGAGGCUAAGAGGAGACUGGAAGAGGAGAAAAGGCUCUUUGCAGAGGCACGCAGGAGCAUGAGCCCUGGCCUGGAUCAGGAAAAGUCUGCAUAUGGAGAUGAAACAGCAUUAGACGAGGAUGAAAGAAUGGUAAAGAGUGCAUCUCAGGAAGCACUGCACCCUAGAAAACUGGAGAUCAAUUUUGAAGAGUUGCUGAAAGAGAAGGAGGAGGCAGAGAGGAGGCGCAAGGCAGAGGAACGCAAAAAGAAAAUGGAGCAGGAGAAGCAGGAAUUCGAACAACUCCGACAAGAGAUGGGCGAGGAUGAAGUGAAUGAAAGCCCCGAUGUUAUUAACAGAGAAUAUGAAGAACUGACAAAGCUCAAGAGGACUGGCUCCAUACAGGCAAAGAACCUGAAGUCCAAGUUUGAGAAGAUUAAACAACUGACUGAAGAGGAAAUUCAGAAAAAGAUUGAGAUGGAGAGAGCGAGACGAAAGGCCAUUGAUGAUGAAAUUAAAGAGAGAGAAGCUGAGAGGUUCCAGGAGGAGAAUGAAGAGGGAGAAACAUCACCAGUGAAACCUGAGGAGACACCCUUCAAACAGAAGGUGGACAUGAAAGCCCGAUUUCAACAAAUGGCCAAAGCCAGAGAGGAGGAGGAGAGGAGGAGAAUAGAGGAGCAAAAGCUGCAGAGGAUGCAGUUUGAGCAGCAGGAGAUUGAUGCUGCCCUCCAAAAGAAGAAGGAUGAUGAUGGGGAGGAUGAGGCUAGCAUCAUCAAUGGCUCCACCGCCUAUGAAGACGAGGAGGAUCAUGCCAGGUCGGGGGCUCCAUGGUUUAAAAAGCCGCUUAAAAAUCAGUCGGUGGUGGACUCAGAGCCAGUGCGGUUCACCGUUAAGAUCACUGGGGAGCCCAAGCCAGAGGUGACCUGGUGGUUUGAGGGAGAGAUGCUCCAGGACUGUGAGGACUAUCAGUAUAUAGAAAGAGGAGAGACGUACUGCCUCUACCUGCCAGAGACCUUCCCAGAGGAUGAGGGAGAGUAUAUGUGCAAGGCUGUGAACAGCAGAGGCACAGCAGCAAGCACAUGCAUCCUCACGAUAGAAACUUAUGACUACUGAAGCCCUUCAGAGUUCUGGAAACUUUCCCUGUUGUCCCUCACUCCUUUUGUAAAACUUUGCCCCUCAUGGUAUGGUCAAACAGCAGAGGGAAGAAAUAGCAGUAUGCCUGGCAUUCCUAAGGGAGGGAUACACAACAGAAAAAAAUGAUGAAAAAAAGUUGUUUACGUAUUUUUGGAUUGUAAAGCUGCACUCCCUGUUAGAGUAGGAUGAUACCUGUGCCAAAACCAGACAUGACUCUUGUUUUUCCUUUGUUCAGAAAAUAAAUUUGCCAUGAGGCCCUAAUGAUAUUUAAGAUACCAGCAGUUUAUAAAUACUAGUACUGUGUUGUGAAUAUCACACAUGAUGGUCCACACAUGGAAAAGUGUGCUUGAGGCACCCAGCUGCAAGAAGUAAAUGUCCUUGUUUAAAUGAUGAAUAAUGUGAUAUGAGAAACUAAUCAAAUACUGAUUUAGUUAUGAUAACUAAUCAUUUAACUUUUAUCAGUAUUAAUCAGUGAAGAACACUGUGAUGACAAUGUGCUGCAGAGGCAAAACAAUAUAAAAUAUUUAAACCCUGAUGUUCAAUGCUCCCUAUUAACAGAUUUUUAAACUGCAGCAUGUGACAAAAUCAAAUUUGUUAAACUUUUCAUACCCCUCCCCCCCCCCCACACACACACACACACACACUUUAUGAAUUUAAUCUCUUACUCUUGGUUCAGUUGUCAUGAUUCAGUUGUGCUGGACAGUAGGUCACUGUUAUAUGGUUUGAUAAUGAUAAGCA